UUGGGCAGCGAUUGGAAUGGAACCGAUUCAGUCCUCAAGUCGUGGUGAUGGAGCCACAUUGUUGGGGGAGACUGGUUGCCCAUUGAAAGUCACCAAGGACAUCUGGUUUGGAUGCUGUUCCUGCACCUUUGUCACCAGAGAUCAACGUGUAAUUGUGAGCCACCUGGCUGCCCACGGUGAUGAACAAUCCAAGUGUCCACAUCCUUUCAUGUCUGCCUUAAAGUCUCAAGUUCUCGGCAACACUAAAAACGACAAGAGUGAAAAGCCAUUUAAGUGCAAGCUUUGUCCCCAAGAGUUUGCUUAUAAUUCCCUUCUGACCUGUCAUAAUCGAACACACACUGGUAAGAAGCUAUUUAAGUGCAUGCAAUGCCCCAAAGCCUUUGCUCAGAGUAGCAAUCUGAUCUACCACAACCGAACACACACAGGUGAAAAGCCAUUUAAGUGCAAGCAGUGCCCCAAAGCCUUUGCUCAUAAUUGUCAUCUGCAAGCCCACAAUCGAACACACACAGGUGAAAAGCCAUUUAAGUGCACGCAGUGCCCCCAAGCCUUUGCUAAAAAAUACUCCCUGGAAAUUCAUUAUCGAAUGCACACUGGUGAAAAGCCAUUCAAGUGCAAGCAGUGCCCCCAAGCCUUUGCUCAAAGUAGCAAUCUGAUCCUUCACAACCGAACACACACAGGCGAAAAACCAUAUAAGUGCAAGCAGUGCUCCAAAUCCUUUGCUCAAAAUUCCUAUCUGACGAAGCAUAAUCGAACACACACUGGUGAAAAGCCAUAUAAGUGCAAGCAGUGCCCCCAAGCCUUUUCUCACAAUUCUUCUCUGCGAAGCCAUAAUCAAAUGCACACUGGUGAAAAGCCAUUUAAGUGCAUGCAAUGCCCCAAAGCCUUUGCUCUAAAUUGGCAGCUGCGAAUCCAUAAUCGAACGCACACUGGUGAAAAGCCAUUUAAGUGCAAGCAGUGCCCCCAAGCCUUUGCUCAAAAUUGUCAUCUGCAAGCCCACAAUCGAAAGCACACUGGUGAAAAGCCAUUUAAGUGCAAGCAGUGCCCCCAAGCCUUUGCUCAAAAUUCCUAUCUGACAAAGCAUAAUCGAACACACACUAGUGAAAAGCCGUUUAAAUGCAAGCAGGGUCCCCAAGCCUUUUCUUACAAUUCUCUGCAAAGCCAUAAUUGAAUGCACAUUGGUGAAAAGCCAUUAAGUGCAAGCAGUGCCCCUUGCCUUUACUCGAAAUUCCUCUGUGCAAAACCAUCAUCAAAUGCAUAGAGGUAAAAAGCCAUUUAAGUGCAAGCAGUGCCCCCAAGUCUUUUCUCAUGUACCAGUGUGAUCCACCAUUAUCGAAAACAGUGUUUAAAGGGAA